GCAUGGAAUAAAGCAGCUGAUGCCAUCAAAUUCACCUUCCCUCAUAAAGAGGCUGAGCUCAGUGAAUACUUUGCCUUCAUCUCUAAGUACUUUGUGCAGGCAAAUGUAUCAGCUCACAGAAGAGUCAUUCACUUUGACAAAACCGUUAAAAACAGAGUUGGGUCAUCAUGCAGGCUUGAAUUUACUGACUUCCCAGAAUUUGAGGACAUU